CCCUCCCUCCCCACAAUCCCUCUAACGACCCCCCGCCCCCGAGCUCGCGAAUCACCCGAAGCCGCCGCCAUGGGCGACUACGGCAACGCGAUGAUGCGGAACCAGGAUGCGGGCGUGCAGACCCGUGUGAAGGCGCAGAGCCGCGCCAACCUCCUCCAGCUCAAGCUCAUCGGGCAGAGCCAUCCGACGGGGCUGACGACGAACCUGCUGAAGCUGUUCGAGCCACGGCCUCCGCUCGAGCACAAGCCGCCGCUCGAGAAGCGCAAGUUGCCAGCUUACACUGGGAUGUCGCAGUUUGUAUCGCGGUUCGCGGAGCCUGGUGACCCGGAGUAUGCUCCGCCUGUCCCCACGUGCGAGACUAGGGCUGAAAAAAAGGAUAGAAUCCGCCAACUUAAGCUUGAGGAAGGUGCAGCUAAGGUUGCUGAAGAGCUCCAGAAGUAUGACCCACAAAAUGACCCCAAUGUCACUGGAGAUCCAUACAAAACACUCUUUGUUGCACGACUUGGCUACGAGACAUCCGAGCAGAAGGUUAAAAGGGACUUUGAAGCUUAUGGGCCUAUUAAAAGGGUACGACUCAUAACUGACCAGGUAACAAAUAAGCCUAGAGGAUAUGCAUUCGUAGAGUAUGCGCACACUCGGGACAUGAAAAGUGCUUACAAGCAAGCUGACGGGAGAAAAGUGGAUAACAAAAGGGUGCUUGUUGACGUAGAGCGUGGUAGAACUGUUCCAAAUUGGCGUCCUAGGAGAUUGGGUGGUGGACUUGGAUCAAGCAGGAUUGGUGGUGAAGAUGCUGCCCAGAAGCAUUCUGCUAGAGAGCAACAGAACGCUGCUGGGCGCCCCAGAUCAGAAGAGCCUAGGAGGGAUGAUCGUUCUGCAGAUCGGGAUCGCGAGAAAUCUCGUGAUAGGGUACGGGAAAGAGAUCGUGACGAGAAAACUCGUGAACGCUCGCAUGACAGGGCUCGUGAUCGUGAUCCAAGGGAAGAUAGACACCACCAUAGAGAUCGUGAGAGAACUCGUGAUAGGGAUCGAGAAAGGGACCAGGAGAGAGACCGUGGGCGUGACCGCCGUGAUAGGGAUAGGCACAAGGAUCAUGGCCGGGAUAGAGACCAGGACAGAGACAGGAAACGUGAGCGCUCUCAUGGCAGAGGCAGGGACCGUGACAGAGAUUACGAGCGUGCAAGUCACGAACAGGACCCUGGCAGGGACCGAGAUUACAAGCGUGCGCGCCAUGAACAUGAACGUGGUCACUUGCAGGCGAGUGAUGCUGAUUAUGGUAAUGGUGAGCCUGGCUAUAACCAGCAUGAGCACCACAGAAGUCAUGAACAGUAUGGUUAUGGCCUAGAUGGACAUGAUCGCUCAAAGCGACAUGAGCAUUACCGUGAUGAUUCACACAGUAAAAUGGCAACCAACCAUCAGGGGCAACCUGAAAAUGCAGAACCUGCAGUCCCCGAGGAGGGGGAGGCAUAUGAAGAAGGGGACUACCAGCAUAUCCAAGCGGGUGAAUACAGGAACUAAAAACUUGAAAGCUGUGUGGUAAGGCUUAUUAAUGCAGUAAAAAUAUUUGCAUCAGUUUUGCUGUUCCCAGUGGUUCUCUCGUUGCUUAGGGAGGCAGAAGCUUUUUCUUGUUGGCACUUCCAGUGUUAGCCUACUUGUUUUGGUGUGUUUUGUUUGUUGUAUGUUAUUUGUAAUAAUUUGCUGGAUAAUGCUUGUGGUUUGUAUGUGAUUUUGAAGCCAAUGGCCAAUCAAUGUGAACUUGUUACUUGCCUAA